GGAGGAGGAGGGGGAGGGCGGCGGGGCAACCGCACCGGCACCGGGCCCACCUCGCCCCGCCCGCGGGCCCCCAUGGCCGCGGCGCGCCCGCCGCACACACCCACUGCCUUCCCCCGGUGAGCGCCGCCGCCCCUUGGGCUCGGCGCUGCCGCUGCGCGCCCGCGGCGGGGCCGCUGCCCGCGGCAGGGGCUGAGCGCGGCGGGAGGCGGGCCGGGCCGGGCGGGCGGAGGCACCAUGCAGGCGCGGCGCUUGGCCAAGCGCUCCAGCAUGGGCAGCCGGCGGCUGAGCGCCGGGCCGGCGGCCGCGCAGGCGGACGGGGUCCGGCCCACCAAGCCCGAGAGCGCCUGGAGGCCGCCCCUGCGGGAGGGCUCCGCCGCGGCGCUGGAGGAGGAGGACGAAGACGAGGACGUGGUGGUGGAGGUGGAAGAGGAAGAAGAGGAGGAGGAGGGCGGCCUGGGGAGUCCCCCCCCGACGCUGACCGGCCACGGCAAGGGCCCUGUGCGGGGGUGCCUGAAGGCAGCCAGCAUCAAGCGGGAAAUGACCUUCCCUGCAUUUCAACAGGAGGAUGUAAAAGGUGACAUCAGUCAAAAACUGCCAGACCAACAGUUUCUCCUGUUUGCCACAAAGGAGGAAGAUUUAAAAACAGCAGAGACCAAAAAACCCAACAGAGCUCAUGAGUAUGAAAAGGAAAACACUCGUUCUGUUUGUCUUCUGGAACAGAAGCGCAAGGUUGUUUCUUCAAACAUUGAUGUGCCUCCAGCAAGAAAAUCUUCAGAAGAACUGGACAUGGAUAAAGUAACAGCAGCCAUGGUACUCACCAGUUUAUCCACCAGCCCUUUGGUCCGCAGCCCUCCUGUCCGACCCAACGAAUCCCUAAAUGGAUCUUGGAAAGAAGGAGGAUUUGUGCCUUCUAGUACCAGCAGCAGUGGAUACUGGAGCUGGAAUGCUCCCAGUGACCAGUCCAACCCAUCCACCCCAUCUCCACCUCUGUCAGCUGAUAGCUUCAAAGCUUUUCGGACACCUUCCCAGCCAGAUGAUGGUAUUGAUGAAGCUGAAACAAGCAACCUUCUCUUUGAUGAACCCAUUCCUAGGAAGAGAAAGAACUCCAUGAAGGUGAUGUUCAAAUGCCUGUGGAAAAACUGUGGGAAGGUACUGAGCACAGCUGCAGGGAUUCAGAAACACAUACGGACCAUUCAUCUUGGACGUGUAGGAGAGUCUGACUACAGUGAUGGAGAGGAGGAUUUUUACUACACAGAAAUCAGGCUCAACACGGACUCAGUAGCUGAUGGCUUAAGCAGUCUUUCCCCAGUCUCUCCAUCUUUAGCAUCUCCACCUUCCUUUCCCACCCAAGAUGCAAUCCGUCCUGAAACUUCCUGUGCCAAAACUGAGACGAAAUUGAUGACACCUCUGAGCCGCUCAGCUCCUACCAACCUCUACCUCGUACACACGGACCACGCUUACCAGGCCACUCCUCCAGUGAACAUUCCAGGGUCAGCAAAAUUCACUCCCAAUGGCAGUAGCUUUAGCAUCUCCUGGCAGUCACCUCCAGUUACCUUCACUGGCAUUCCAGUUUCACCAACUCAUAAUCGUCCUGCAGGGAGUGGAGAGCAGAAACAGUCCCACACAGUUCUUUCAUCACCGCCUAGAGUAGCAUUUGGCUUGAGGAAGCCUAGAGGGGAGGGGAAAAAGUGUCGGAAGGUCUAUGGGAUGGAGAACAGAGAUAUGUGGUGCACUGCCUGCCGAUGGAAGAAGGCCUGCCAAAGGUUCAUCGACUAAAGAUUGCAAUUAUGCAGAGGAUUUGGGGCCGGGGGAGGACAACAGCAGAACCAGGCUGCUGCGGCUGCACUGUACCACUUCCCAUUUUCCCCUCCAGUGAUGUGGUG